AUGAAUCAACUAUCACCACCGGGUCAGAACCGGUGUCACGUCGAAAAUCUACCCGUGGAGAUCAUUCAGGAGAUCUUCUUCCGCUGCCUUGAAUUCAAUCUCCCACGGGCAUCUCUGUAUAUCUCCCGGGCUCUUUCUGAUCCCACGGUCUACACUUGGCUCAUCCGACUUGCCUUUAGCAGCGCCAACGAGAGCUCAAAGAGAGAUUUCUUUACCCCAGACUUUCUACCACCGCCUCUGGCCUUCUUUGCACUCUCUGAACAUCAGCGAAGAGAUCUUCAAGAUGAAAUUCUGGCUUCUCGCUGGUGCACACUGCCCUUGGUGCGCAAAUGCCAAAGGGAGUACGUGGAGCAUGCGAUUCGCCGCAAAUGUCGAGACCUAGACUUGGCCCCUGAAGAUCACGAUGCUCUAGCCAACAUCAGUAGUCGCUUCAGUAACCUAGAAAAUUGCGAUAAAGGCUGGGGCGGAUGCCGCAGCAAAGGCGAUUUGAUUCUGAAAGCUCGCGACCGAAACACCGACGUGGAUUACAAAGUCGCAGUGUGGUUUCAUUUCGGGGCGUUCCAGGUCCGCAAGCCCAACAAGCUAGUCACCGACCUCGAUCUCUUUCGCCUGCCAUGCUGCUUGCCGGAUCUGCCCGCUCGCAUGCCAAAGAAACUGCUCGGCCCACCUUGGACGGACACGAAGCUUGAAUUUCUCCAGUUGCUCUCGAUGGACGCGUACAUCGACGCAGACGACACCUUCACCCGUUCGCGGCGUAUCCUGCGACAGGUCAUUCGGGACCGUGAUUUUGCGACCUUCCAGCGACUCGUCAACAUGCACAUCCGCUGCCAGUGCUACAAAUACCCAGUGCGCUGGCCUGUCCUCCCAAACCACUUCCAGGUAGCAUUGAAGUACGCAGACGAGUAUGACGAUCCAUUCAUCAGACUACUAGUUGAGCAACGAUGGGAGGAUAUCCCGGCAAAUCUGCUACAUCUCAAAGACCAAUUGAUGUCUAAAGCGGGAGCGAGCCAUAUGUGA